GUUCACAGAGAGUCUGACACUGUUGUUGUGUUAUGGCCCAGCCCGUUUCCUGUUCUUGAGCUGGCCGGAUGACGGUAGGAGUCUGCAGGUAAUACUAAGAUAGACUUGGGUUUAUGUUGGCUUAUGUUUAAAAGCACUGCUCUGUCAGAGUGGUCAUGUCCAUACAAGUAGGCUACUACAUAUUGUAAAAAUCAUAUUUUGUAAAAUGCCACAUUAGAUUUUAAAUGCCCAUAUUAAAUCAGGACUUCUUUCUGGGAUAUAAUGGUUUUGGCAGACAGGGACAUUCCCAGACCAGAGUGCAAUCAAGUCUCCUGUAUUCUAUUGUGCCGGCAUUGCUGUUCAUCCCCUAACACCUCACGUGACAUUGGAUAUUUAACUAGUUUCAGUACCACCCAGAGAUCAGAGAUCAGUUUUGUGAACUUAAUCACUGAAAAACAGUAUCCCUACUCCCCUCAACAUCACAUAUAAAUCCACAAGUAAAUCUCAGUGUACAACAUGCAUACUCUUUCUCAAUGAUACCUAAAUAUUAUGAAAAUCAACCCAACAAAGACAUGGUCUUCUGUUGAGGUCAGAUACACUGACUGUAAAGUGUAAAGUAAUGUAACCUACAAGAAUGAAAGUCAUUCAAAAGAACACCUUGAGUUUUUUAGUGUGUAUCUCUUUAGGUCUCUAAUUCCCUAUUGUAGCGAUUCAGACUUAUUCAGUGUGUCUUUCUAAAACUUGUGCUGGUGUUUGUGGUGCAUGUUAAUCGUGCAAUUCCAUCUCAGCUUAAGUUUGAGUUUAAGAUCAUAUAUCUUUUAAAAAUUAAAUUAAUAUUUAAGUUAAAUAACUUUCACAAACAAUGGACACAAUCUUAGUCACUAGGCCCUUAGUCUACAUUUAACCUACAGAAUCAGUCCUCCUGCUGAUGACAGCACUGAAAGGCAGUCAAACAGUUUACACUUGGUUUGUCACCAUGGCCAUGUGUUCUUCUAUGUUUUUUCCUCAAAUGAAUGAAAUGAAGUCAUAGCAGUAAGUUUCUUUCCCACAAUUCAGUUGUUGUAGCAUACCGGUAUGCUCUUUUGCCUAAUGUUGCCAUCUACUGGACACAAUGAGUAUUGUAAGUGUUUUACGGUAAAUGCAAUGAAUCUAUUUCAACAAUGAUUGGCUAAUCAGUGUUUUAAUGAAGUGGUCGCCACGUUGUUGCGUUGGAAUGCUUUGGCUAUGUUUGUGCCACCUCCGUUUCUAGUUAUGUGGAGGCAGGUUGACCAAUUAGGCCUACAUUUUCAUUUUUUAUUAAAAAUAUAUCGGUCGCCAAUUCGAUACAUUAAGAUAAUGAAACAUAGAAUUACCCAACCCGUUCAAACAGUUACAAUAAAGUUGAUCGGUAGUGUAACAUGCAUACUUCAACAGUCCCGUGUUUUCGCGACAUUGCGGUAGAUGCAUUCUUCUCAGCUUCCUCCUCAGCCCAUAUGACAUGCCACCCUCGCGGUUGUGAGCAUUGAUGCUGCAGACUGUGGCGAUACAUUCAAAUAUAGAAUAAUACCGGCUUCGUACAAGAUGAAUUCGGGGGAAGGUUGCUCAGAGGAAAUACCUCUACCGUCGUCUCCUCGAGAGCUCACUCAAAACCCACUGAAGAAAAUUUGGAUACCUUGCAAAAACGGCCUUCCAGAGAAACACAUUUUUCAAAGAAAGGUAUGUAUGACCAACUGUCCCACCCUCAUUGUCACCGUGGGCCUCCCUGCCAGAGGGAAGACCUACAUCUCCAAGAAACUGACACGCUACCUCAACUGGAUUGGUGUUCCCACCAAAGAGUUCAAUGUUGGCCAGUACAGACGUGAGUGUGUGAAGAUCUACAAGUCCUUCGAGUUCUUCAGUCCGGACAAUGAAGAGGGUCUGAAGAUCAGAAAGCAGUGUGCGUCAGCCGCUUUAAACGAUGUACGGCAGUACCUGACGGAUGAGGGAGGCCAAGUUGCUGUGUUUGAUGCGACAAACACAACGAGAGAGAGGAGAGAUACCAUAACAAGGUUUGCAGAGCAGAAUGGCUUCAAGGUCUUUUUUGUCGAGUCUGUUUGUGAAGACCCAGCGGUCAUUAACGAGAAUAUUGUGCAAGUGAAGCUGGGAAGUCCAGACUACACCCACUGCAACACAGACGAAGCAGUGGAGGACUUCAUGAAGAGGAUUAAAUGUUAUGAGAACUCUUAUCAAACUUUGGAUGAGGUUUUGGAUAGGGAUCUCUCUUAUAUUAAGAUCAUUGAUGUUGGUCGCCGUUACCUGGUCAACCGAGUCCAGGACCACAUCCAGAGCCGUAUCGUGUACUACCUCAUGAACAUCCAUAUCACACCGCGCUCCAUCUACCUGUGUCGGCACGGGGAGAGUGACAUGAAUGUCAAGGGUCGCAUUGGGGGAGACUCAGGACUGUCGCUCAGGGGCAAAGAUUUUGCCAGGCGGUUGGGCCAGUUCAUCCAGAAACAAGACAUCAGCGACCUGAAAGUGUGGACCAGUCAGAUGAAGAGGACCAUUCAGACCGCAGAAGGUCUGAAUGUCCCGUACGAGCAGUGGAAGGCUCUGAAUGAGAUUGAUGCAGGCGUCUGUGAGGAGAUGAUGUAUGAGGAGAUUCAGGAUCACCACCCCUUGGAGUUUGCCUUGCGGGACCAAGAUAAAUACAGAUACCGCUAUCCCAAAGGAGAGUCCUAUGAGGACCUGGUGCAGCGGCUGGAGCCGGUCAUUAUGGAGCUGGAGAGGCAGGAGAAUGUGCUGGUUAUCUGCCACCAGGCCGUCAUGCGCUGCCUUCUGGCCUACUUCCUGGACAAGUCUGCAGAGGAGCUGCCUUAUUUGAAGUGUCCCUUGCACACAGUGCUGAAGCUCACACCUGUGGCCUAUGGCUGUAAAGUGGAGUCCAUCUUCUUAAAUGUGGAUGCUGUGAACACCCACAGGGACAGGCCAGAGAAUGUGAAUGUACAUCGCACCACAGAAGAUGCCUUGCAGACUGUCCCUCCUCAUCUAUGACUUGGUGAUGUUUGUCUCAACAUGGUGGCAAAAAACUGGUUCCUUUUCUUCCAAAUCAUAACUCGAACCCAGUGAUGUGUCUUGAUUGGUUAACUGUAGAUUCUCCUAAGACAUAAUCUUUCCUGAGGACUUUAUCAAAGACCAGUGCUGAUGGUAUGAUUUACAGUGUAUUUUGUGGCAUUGUGAAACUCUGCAGUGUCCUGUUCAUGUGAGGAAGUGUUUUCUUUGUGUUUUUUUUUUAAACACGUCUACAUUCAUCUGCACAAUCGGCGAGAAAUCCUUAGAACUGACCACACAUCACCAUAUGAUUAUGGUUACAGUUACACAAGACUACUGCAGACUGUAAGGGAAGAAUGCUCUAUGUUGCUCUGCCUUAUAUACUGCCCCAGCACUCUAUACAACACUACUCAAUCUUACCGUUUAUCUAUUCUCUCUGUUUUUUGAGGGAAAGGGAUAAAUGAUAAAUGUUAAAUAUAUUUUAACGGAUUUAGUUUGUUGCUUGCAUACAUAUCCUUGUAUAUGUUGUGUUGGACAAACUCGACCAGUUCUUCAAUCCAGUAAUAUGUCGGUGAUUAUUUGUAAAUUAUGCCUUUUUCUCUUUGAAAAAACUAACAAACCUAUUUUUAGAUAUUUAUGUGUCAGAAUCAUCAGAUGGUUUGACAUAAGUCAACUACUAAGCCAUUAUAUGAAAACAGAUUUAUAGAAACAUGUUAUAAUAUAUAUAUAUAUACUGUAUAUAUAUAAUAAUUGAACUCCAUUUCAGAGUUCAUUUAAAGGGAGCGUGAAACUUUAAUGUAUUUAACGUAUGUGAAAUGCAAGUGUGCUGUGUCUGUUGUCAUCCUUGUCCUACUUCCCCCUUUUUUGAUAUGGUGACAUAACAUAAAUCAGCAAUUAUGUGUGUGCGAUAAUGAGAGCAAACAAAUUAAAGUCUGUAUCAUUGAUAUAUAUUAAACCUCAAUGCACUGAAACAUUGCUUUUGUAAAGUGUUUUGAUGUGGUGAGGAAGAACCUAUAAAUGUCCUACGUCAUCUGUAUACUUCCCAUAAUUUUCCAGUGUUAUAAAUUAUAUUAAUGAAACCCUCGGUUGUAAUUUGCUUUUGGAAACCAUAAUGAAUUUGGUGUUUCUGAACUUGUUCAACAAGUCGCUGACAUCUCGUCGGUGUUUGUUUAUCAACAUUCAAACUGAACAAUUUGGAGCAUAAAAUGUUUUUAUUUGGAGGUUUUCUGAACACUGAGUUUUGCUUUCUGUUUUGUUUUGUGGUUUAACCAAAAUGAAAAUGUGUGUAUUGUUCAGUGUUAACACCAAAUGCAAUAUACAUUUAUUAUGGCAGUAUACAUUUGUAUGUAUUGAAACUGAAAUAUUCAGAAAUGUGAAAUAAAUCUUCACAAUUUCAGGUUUA